AGCGAGGAGCCGCGGGCACGGCCGGGCACCGAGGAGCCCCGGGCACGGGCGGAUGAGGAGGAGCCGCGGGCGUGGGCGCGGGCGGACGCGGAGGAGCAGCAGCUGCGGGAGCUGAUCCGCGGCGCCGGCAGCGCGCAGGAGCUGCUGCAGCUGAGCCACGGCGCCGCCCUGAGCAGCAACCUGGCAGCGCUGGCCAUCGCCCGCCUGGCACGGCUGAGCGCCCAGCAGCGCCUGGACACGCAGAGCCUGCACGGGGACCCCCGCUUCCUGCAGCUGCUGGGCACCCUGGACGGCCAGGUGUCGCAGGUGUGGAACACGGCCCUGCUGCAGCUGCUGCGCAGCCUGCCGGCGCUGGGGCUGGCGCGGGGCGGGCGCCAGGUGCGCUCGGUGGAGCAGGAGGUGCUGUGGCGGCUGCGGCGCCUGCCCCUGCGGCAGCUGGUGCAGCUGGCCGAGCAGCAGGCGGGCCAGGCCGCCCCGGGGCCGCUGCUGCCCGAGGUGCUGCGCAAGCUGGAGCUGCGCUGGACCGAGCUGGACGGGCCGCGCCCCGUGGUGACGCUCAUGGCCAAGGUGGGACACCUGUCCCCCGCCCUGAUGGAGCGCCUGGAGGACAAGGCUCUGGAGCUGGCAGAGCAGUUUGACCCUGACGAGCUGCGCCGCGUGGCGCUGGCGCUGGCGCUGCAGCAGCGCCGCUGCGUGCCCCUGCUGCGGGCCCUGUCCUACCACCUGCUGCAGAAACCUGCUGAGCUGCCCCUGCCCGUGCUCACCGACCUGCUCUUCGCCUUCAGCAAGCUGAGCUUCCAGCAGCCGCAGGUGCUGCACCGCCUGGCCCUGGAGCUGCAGCCGCAGCUGUGCAGCCUGAGCCCGCCGCAGCUGCUGCGCUGCGCCCGCUCCUUCGCCAGCCUGCGCUGGCUCAGCCGGCCCCUGGCCGAGGCCAUGGCUCAGUACUGCCUGGACAACACGCAGGGCCUGUCCCUGCCCCAGCUCUGCGGGGUCCUCGUGUCCUUCGCCCGCCUCAACUUCCAGCCCAGCUCCAGCGAGGAGUUCUUCUCCAUGGUGCACGAGCGGCUGCAGGGCCAGGAGCAGCAGCUGGACGUGCACCUGCUGACAGACGUGGUGUGGUCCCUGUGCGUCCUGCAGCAGCCCCGCGCGCCCCUCCUCAGCCACGUGCUGUGCCCCGCCUUCCUGGCACGGCUGCGAGGUGACAGCUCCCCGCGGGCACAGAGCUCGUGGCUGAAGCUGCUGCACAUCAAUGCCACGGCCAGGCUGGAGGCCCCGGGCUACGAGGGGCCCUUCCUGCCCCCCGAGGAGCUGGGGGGGCACGGGGACAGGGACAAGGACAAGGCCACCCCCCUGCAGCGGGGGCUGCGGGAGGCACUGCCGGGGGCGCUGGGGGGCCACGAGCUCGUGAGGUACAACGUGAGCACAGUGUACGGCUGGGACAUCGACGCCGAGGCCGUGCUGGACGGUGACAACAAACCUCUGCCCGUGAGGGACUUCACUGCCCCCCACUUGUCCCACUCCGAGGGGACAAAGCCACUGCCACCCGGGGCCAGGAGGGUGGCCGUGCUGCGCUGGGAGCUGCCCCAGUUCAGCUCGCGGGGCCGGGAGCUGCUGGGCCGGGGCUCCAUGGCCCGCAGGCACCUGAGAGCCGCGGGCUUCCUGCUGGCCGAGGUGCCCCACUACGAGUUCCUGGAGCUGAAGCUGGAGCGGCAGCGCGUGGCCUACCUGAAGGACAAGGUGGCCAAGACCCUGGCCGGUGACACGGCCGGUGACACGGCCACCUAGCCCGCCCUGUGGCCUCAGCACCUCCUCAGGGGCCACGGCCCUGUGCCUCUGUGAGCGGUGACCGCGCCGAGGGGCCCCGCGGCCGACCCCGGUGGCAGUGUCACCGCAGCAGGGUGGCCACGUCACCAGGCCCCCGUGUCCCCGUGUGACCGCUGCUCCCUGUCACCCACGGCUCAAAUAAACCCACAGCUGUACAGGGA